AUGUUAGUAUCUCGCAGGACUCUAGCCCAGCUCAUGGUACUGCACCAACGCUGUUCGAUCCGACCAGUCCGCAUGCAGCCAGUUCUGGGCAGCACUCGCAGCCCUCUUGGAAUCCCAGGAUUCUGCGCCUUGGCUUGCGCUCGCCGCCCCGAGGGCGACCGCACAGAGAAUGAGGAUCCGAUGUCUGUCAUGGAGCAAAGCCGCAAAGUUGCAGAGGAUGCAUUGUACCAGAAUGAAGCAGGUCGUAAGAAAGCGGAACGUGAACGCCAGAAGGCCGCCGAGGAGCAAGCUGGAGCUUGGGACGGCGGUGGUCGCCAUGCGCGAAUACCCAAGCGUGUCGUGCCAUUGGAGUAUCAAGCUGGCCAAGGUUGUUUCGGCAUGGCCUGGUCGGUGCGGAGGGGCAUGCCCGGAAGUGAG